AUGGAACUCUGGGAGAGGGAAUGCAGGAGCCCCCCGCUGAGUUCAGAGGAAUCAGGACAGCAAGCAGCAGGGGUGCAGGGGGCGGGGGGCGCGCCCUCUGGCCCCAGCACCUUCACCUCUGCCGCCUUGCCCUACCCACUCCCAGGCCUGCGGCUUCAGGAGGUACUGGACGUCGCCAACCGAAACCGGCGGGGUUGGAUUCCGCGCGAGGAAGGAGAAGGCCACUUCCCCAAAGCGCUCGUCUCCACCCGCUGGCGCACUCGCAAGUUCGCGAGGCACCGAGCCUUGCAGGCUCCCAAUUCACCAGCACGCUGGAAGCGAACGAGUUGUCGGAGAGCCCCGCUGCUGUGGUGCCCCGCGCGCCAUGCAAUCCCUCUGCCUGACUGGCCCCCGACGCCCUGCGCCCUACGGCCCUCGCCCUUCCCGCACCCUGUGCUGCACUCUCUCCACGGCUUGGCCCGCGUACUACUCUUCCCAGCCUAUUGGGCCCUAGAUCAGCUGCUGGGUUGCUGGGCGCCCAAGGCUCGCCCCAGCAACUGGAGGUGGCUGAGCACAGCAGUGGGCGCCGGAGUGGCGCUGCUGCUGCUGCUGCUUCUCGUUGGUCUGCCGCUGGCACUGCCGGGCCUGCUGCUCUGGCUGCUGCUGCAAGCCUGGCGCCGCCCCUUCUGCUACUGGCCCCCUUCGCAGUGCUGGACGCCCCCCGCGCCCUGGUACCCCCCAGCUGAGCCCGCGCGCUGCUUCGGCUUCCUCAGCGCCAACCUGUGCCUGCUCCCCGACGGGUUGGCGCGCUUCAGCAACUUGCAGCACAGUCAGCGGCGGGCCGAAGCGGUGGGCGCCGUGCUGCUCGCAGGCCUGCGGCGUUCGCGCUCUGGGACUACCGACUGCGGUCCACCAGAGCAGGGGAUGCCAUGCGGGGUGCUGAUAGGCGCCAUGCCAGCGAGCCUGGACUUCGUGUGCCUGCAGGAGAUGUUUGAUCUCCGCGCAGAGCGCCGCCUGGUAAGCCUCCUGGCACCCAAACUGGGUCCGGUGUUGUACGACGUGGGCACAUUCGGCCUGCAGCCUGGACUGCACCUCAAGCUGCUGGGCAGCGGGCUGCUGCUGGCCUCGCGCUACCCGCUGCUGCGCGCCACCUUCCGGUGCUUCCCCUACGCGAGUCACGAGGAUGCGCUGGCCUCCAAGGGACUACUUUCCGCCCAGGCUCAGGUGGGCAUCCUGGAUGGGCGCCGCAUCGUGGGCUUCCUGCACUGCACGCACUUGCAGGCACCGAGUGAGGACGGGCUCUUGCGCUGCAAACAGCUCACGCUGCUGCUGGACUGGGCCGAGCAGUUCGAGGCUGAGAGCCGCCAGAGUGACGAGGCCGUGGCCUUCAGCGUGCUCCUGGGGGACCUAAACUUCGACAACUGCUCGCUAGACCACGCGCAGGAGCAGGAGCACAAGCUAUUCCACUGCUUCCAGGACCCCUGCCGACUGGGCACGCGCCAGGAGCAGCCCUGGGCCCUGGGAACCUUGCUGAGAACCUCCAAGCUCCGCCACUCGGUGGCCUGCUCCCCAGAGAUGCUGCGGAUGGCCCUGGAGCAGGAGGAAGGGCGCCGCCGCUACCUGGCAGGUCCUCUCAGGGGAAGCUGCAGAGCGAAGCCCUGGCGGGGCCGGCGCCUGGACUACAUCACAUACCGAGGAGUGCCCGGAGGCCUUCUGAGCCCAGAGGUGGAACAGGUGACAUUCAGCACUGCCCUGGCAGGGCUCACAGACCACCUGGCCGUGGGACUUCGGCUCCGUGUUUCCAUGCCCUCCUAAGGCAGGCAUGCAGGAGGCAGGUGCCAGGACAGCCUCCUGGGCCCUGCGGUACUCAUAGACGCUGCCGCGCUCCGGGAAGGCCAAGGGCUGCGAGGGUGACCCCAGCGGUGGGGCAGGGUCUUCCGGGUCCCCAUAGCCCCCGCCUCCUGGAGUGUGAAGGCAGAA